AUGAACAGUUGGAUAUUGCUAAUAGCAGCUUUCGCUUCAGCCUGGGUCUUCGAUUCAGGCGUCGAAUACUUCUCCUUUGAUAUGAAGCUCAAAUGGUAUUUCCCUUCUGAUAACGAAGUAGAAUUUGAACUAUGGAUUCCUAAACGUUAUGAAAGCACUUUUGGUUGGGCUGGAAUUGAAAUUCAAGACAUAAGCGAAGCUCGAGACAACUAUAAAGCUGAUUGCUAUAUGGGUUUUAUGAAAGAUGGACUUAUGAUGGAUAGAUACGCUGAAGAAAUGGGAUUUUCUUUCACAGACACUGAUGAGGAUGAGUGCACUAACGACAUUGAAUCAUGGAGGAGAUAUGAGGACAGCUGCAUAUUUUUAUCUCAAUAUAUUAUAUCUUAAAUGCAUUUUUUAGCAUUAUUUGAUUGAAUAUUUUUCCUCAGUCAGACGUUUGGUCAAAAAAUAAACGAUUUCUGCUGCCAAAUAUCUGACUAGUGAGGGAAAAUUUUCACCAUAUAGCCCCAAAGAAGUUUAAGGAUAAAUCAUGACCAACAGAUGUACUACGAUGAGGACAAUGUAGUUAUUUUUUGCUGGAAACGAAAACUUGUCACCGGUGACAAGUGCGAUAUUGACCUUGUAAGAGAUAAACCUUAUAUGGUGAAAUGGGCACUUGGACCUGAAAUUGAUGGAGAAAUGGCACAGCAUAGCUUUGAAACGAUAGGACUUGAAUAUAUUGUCCUCAGCGAUUUGUAUCUUGAUAAUAAUGAAGAUGAAAGAAUGGUUUAUGGGCCUUGGUGGAAUAAGCAUCCUAAUGAUAAGAAGUGGCUAGGCCAGUUUGGAUCACCUUUUGGACCUGAAAACUUUAGAGUUAGAAACCCUCAAAAAUAA